UCAUACUUAAAUUCAAACAAUGUUUCCUUCAAGUACUUCUUCUUCUUCAAAAAUUAUUCUUGUAGGGAUUUCUUUAGACCCAGAUGAAAGUAAAGGGCUUCUCUCUUGGGCAAUCAGAGUUCUAGCUCAUCCGAAUGACAACAUUGUCACCAUUCAUGUUCUUGUUGGUGAAGAAUCAAAGAAGCGUGGAUCGAUAUCCAAAAGGCAACACCAGAUUCGUCAAGCUAAAGCCUAUGUCAUAUCUGUUCUGGGAGAAUUUGCCAGCACCUGCCAGUCCAAACAGAUAAAUUUGGAGGCUAAAGUGGGGUUAAGCUCUAGUGUUGGAAGAGGUCUAAUUGAUGAAGCAGAAUUAAUUUCAGCUGAUAUUCUUCUGCUUCACGGCUCAAGAAGCAGUUCAUCAAAUAAACUUUCACGCCAAAUUACAAGGUAUUGUUUUGAGAAUGCCCCGGAAGGCUGCACAAUUGUGUCAGUUGGGAAAUGUAUCCAACAACAGAAAAAUUUAACCCUGGAUUCUGCAAAUUCUGCAGAAACUCAUCAAUUGGACUCAAAGUGGUUGAGCAAGAAUAGUAAUAGUGGCAAGGCUACCUCCCUUGGUAAAAACCACAUUGUCCUGGAGAAAACAAGGAGCAAAUACCCUUCACCAAGGACGGUUUUCGAUCAACUGGAAGAAGAAUCAAACAGCACAGAAGACGGUCUAUUUAGUGUUGAGGACUCAAGCAUCAUCAGCCAGUCUCCCCCUCAGCAGACUCCCAAGUUCAAAGGCCAUUUCAACAAAAGCAAGAGAUCAAUGUCCCCUUACAGACUCAUCACUUCAUUUUUGAGUCCACCUUUAAGAAAAAGAAAUGCAAGCUUUUCCAACAAGGAAAAGCAUCAGCCUUUGUUGAAGUGUUUCAGCUACAAGGAGAUCUCGAACGCUACCAACAACUUCCACUCAGAUAAUUUGGUCGGCCGAGGUGGGUAUUCGGAAGUAUACAAAGGCAUUCUUUCUGAUGGAAGAACCAUUGCAGUGAAGAGGUUGGCAAAGGACAACAAAAAUGCAAACAAAGAGAAAGAAUUUCUCAUGGAACUGGGCAUAAUUGGGCAUGUAUGCCAUCCCAAUACUGCAACUUUAGUUGGUUGCUGCAUCAAAAAUGGACUCUAUCUCAUAUUCAACUUCUCCCAGAAUGGCAAUCUGGAAUCUGCUUUACAUGGAAAAAGAACACAGUCCCUGGAUUGGCCUGUGAGAUACAAGAUUGCCCUGGGAGUUGCCAGGGGUCUACAUUAUCUUCACAAAUGCUGUAAGCACAGAAUUAUUCACCGUGACAUAAAGGCUUCGAAUGUCCUUCUUGGACCAGAUUAUGAGCCUCAGAUUACUGAUUUUGGACUUGCAAAAUGGCUUCCGAAUAAAUGGACUCAUCAUGCUGUGAUUCCAAUUGAAGGGACAUUUGGGUACUUGGCCCCGGAAUACUUUAUGCACGGAAUUGUUGAUGAGAAAACUGAUGUUUUCGCCUUUGGGGUUCUUCUUCUGGAGAUCAUUACAGGGCGAAAACCUGUUGAUUCAUUGCAGCAAAAUCUUCUUCUAUGGGCAAAGCCCUUCAUGGAAUCCGGAAACAUCACAAAACUUGUUGAUCCGAGCCUGGAAAAUAAAUAUGAUUCGGAUCAAAUGCACAGACUAGUGCUAGCUUCUGCCUAUUGCGUGCGACAAUCCUCAGCCUGGCGCCCAUCAAUGAGCGAGGUGUUGGAGUUACUCACAAAUGGACAUGGCUCUGAAGCUGCAAUGACCUGGAGGAUGCCAAAGCUUACUUCUGAUUCGGAUGAGUUGAAUGAUUUCUCCAUGCUUUUUGGAUAUCAAGUGCCAACUGAUAUAGAUUUGGAGGCGUUCCUAUAGGGGAAAUUUUUUAAAAAAACACUUGGAAGUAUCUAACUAUCAUUUUUUCAGUUGAAAUCAUGAAACUUUGUUUUUCCUAUCG